UCCUCUCGCGCCAGGGACCAAAGGCCAGACGAGGCCUGUGCGACCACGACGCUGUGACGAGCACUGUAAGCAACUCGAUCCAGACGUCGAAACCUGGUAGCAAUUUUUGCAGCUGAAACCCAACGCCAGCGAAAGCAUUGUGGUCGCCUUGGGUGCUGCAACAACUAUGGCCAUGAUGGCGGAGGUGAUGGCUCGAGGGAGUUCGACAUUGCUCGGUUCUGCCUCGUCUGUCGUCGUUCCUUGCAAAAAGGCGCCGGCAACGCCUUUCUUAGGUGCCUCAUUACCCUCACUCUCGACGGGCGCACGCAAGAACAAACCUCAAUGCAACCUUGCAGUGAGCGCAACCAAGGCUAGCCUGAGCGAUGCUCUGAGCAAGGCCAAAUCCACUGUGGGCACUGGGCUGGCCGCCUUGGCCCUCUCCGCGGCGAUGAACCUCUGCCCAGCAGUCCCCUACUCGGAAGCCAGCGAGUUCAACGUCUUGAACGAAGGCCCGCCCACGGAAAACUUCGUGGUAGAUGAUGCCAACGUGCUCAACCGCGUCACAAAAUCUGACAUAAAGCGCUUGCUUCGUGACCUCGAAGAGCGCAAGGGCUACCACAUUAACGUCAUCACUCUGAGGAAGCUCACUAGCAAAGCUGACUCUUUUGAAUUCGCCGACGCGGUCCUGGAGAAGUGGUAUCCAACUCUGGAAGAAGGUAACAACAAGGGAAUCGUACUGCUCGUGACCACUCAGAAGGAGGGAGCCGUCACGGGAGGUCCGGCUUUCACGAAAGCAGUGGGCGACAAAGUCCUAGAGGCUGUCACUGCUGAGAAUUUGCCCGUCUUGGCCACGGACGAGAAGUAUAAUGAAGCCAUUUACAGCACAACCAAGCGUCUGGUGGCAGCCAUCGACGGGCUCGAGGACAUCGGCGGGCCUAGCUUCAAGGAGAACAAGCGGGAGUCUAACUUCAAGAGCAAAGAGGAAACAGAAUCGAAGAGAGGACAGUUCUCUCUCGUCGUCGGAGGCCUGCUCGUCAUUGCCUUUGUGGUGCCCAUGGCACAGUACUAUGCUUACGUCUCUAAGAAAUAGACUCCCCAAACCACUAAGCCACUUAUGGCUGCCCUCGCAAAACUGUAACAUGGAUAUUAUUCUUUAAAUCUAGUUGUGUUUUGUUCUCACUCUAAGUCUUUUGUAGCCCCCCGAAGCGUGCACUGGGAAUUUUACAGAGAAGGUCGAACAAAUUUCAGAGUA